AACAUUUAUUGCCAUUUUUUGUUGUUGUUGAAAGAACAAGUUUUAAGAUUGAAUCAAUGCCUAAUUUAAGGAAAAAUCAUAACUGCAUUUUUUUUUUUGAGCGGCAGAAAAUUUUCCAUUAAUAAUGAAAAAAGUAAAAACUACACAGAUUUUACAUUUUUUUUUUGGAUUUUUUUCUUUUAUUAUUUAUCAAAAUACAUUUUUAUUGUUCAUGUCUAUCGCAUCCAAUAUCAAGAAACCGCUUAAUGGCAAACAGUAAACAAGCGUUUCUUAAUAUCGAAAAUUAUUAACCGCAUUUGAAAUAUAAACAUAUUACCAGAAUUGCCAGCACCCAAAUUAUGUAAACAAAACGAAAACGAAUUGUACAAUCGCCAAAAAAGUAUCUCCUGACAUUUUCAUGCAUAUUUCAUCAUUUAAUCAUUAACAGCGAUUCUUUUUUCGGCGCUACUGAAAAUUGAUAUUUCAGUGAAUAAUCACAACUGAAUUUUUCAAAUCACAACUGCAAAAAAAGAUAAUAACUGCAGCUUAAAUUAGGCAUUGGAUUGAAUCAUCGGGUUUAAUCUGGUGUCUUAUUCGCUACCCUUGAAAGAUAGACGAACAGCGACGCUGAAAAUGAAACAAGUUUCUUCAUUAUUUUUUUUUUGUUUCUAAUUACAAUUUGAUUGUUAACUUUUGUCAUUUAAAUUUUUUUCUUUUUAAUAAAAAGAGGUUUUUUUUCAGUCAAAAUGCUUAAAAAAAAUUUUUUUUUUAAUUGUAUUGAAGACUUCUUUCUUUAAAUUUAUCGGUUCUUCUGCUCAAACUAAAAGUUGUAUAUAAGAGUGAAGCCAUUCGAUGGGUUAAAAAUCAGUCGCGAACCACGCAAAGUGAGGCUAAUUUACUUUUAUUAAAUCACUGAACAAUCCAUCAAUAUGUUGAACACUCAAUCAAAUCGAAGCAAUGCUAUUUCAUGAGUGCAAAAAAAAACGGCCUAACGAGAGACAAUCGAGUGGAAAAAUUUACGAACACAACAGCAUUGACAUUUGAAUUACGAAUUUAGUUGUGCUUCGGUGUCCGUUGAAUGAACAUUCAUCUGGUUUGCAAAAUCAGAUUUUGUGAAGGUUUUUCGCAGUUAAGAUUUCAACACACUCGAGUGUGUUGACGGUUUAUUUUGUUUUAGUUGUGCGUGAGUUUGCAUGGUAAAUACACCAAAUAAAUUAAUAAAAAUUUGGACGGAAAAUGUGGACUUUUGACAUUUGAUCUGAAAGUCUGAAUGAAAAUCUCAAACAUUAUUUUCAAUCAUCAUCGAUGAUGAAUGAAAAAAAAAAUCAUAUUUCAAUCAAAACAACAAUUUAAAUAAACGACGAAAAUGUGGAGCAAAAAGUUGAAACGGAUGUAGCAAGCAAACAUUCAAAUCAGAUAUUUGAAAGAGUCAUUCCGGUUAAAGUGUUUAUUAGUUCCAUCCAAAGAGCAUACCUGUUCAUCGAAAUUUUAUUUAAUUUUUCUCACGCGACUUUUGAUAUUACAUUAAAUGAUUUUUAAUUCGAUUUUCUCCAAAAUCAACUUUUAAGUUAGUCUAGUCUAAGUUUUCAAGUGCCUGUCUGUUAACUUGAAAAGAAAUUCACUAGAGAAAAAACGCCGUUAAUUUGAUUUUAUCGUUCAAAAUUCGCAUUUUUAUUGGGAUUGUGUAAUUUUUCUCGCAAAAAUGAUGAUGAAAUGCGGCGAAAAUAUCAAAAUCCAAUUGAAAAAGUGUGUUUAAACAUAAAAUGUGUCAAAAAUUGAGCAAAAACCGAUUUGGAAAUAUUUUAUUGUUAAUCAAUUACAAGUAGUAUCAACUUGAUUUGUUGACUUGAAAAUCGUUCCAUAAAUAUCACAAGUUCAUUAUGCCUCUUCGAAAGUGUUAUUCGAAUGGUUAUUGAUUCAAUUAAUGGAAUAUUUCGAAUUCUUCGUCGCAUUCCAAUUCAUCAGAAUCGAGCUGUCUCUUUCAAAUUGUUUUCACAUUUUAUUCUUGACAAGCUCUUUGUUCGCAAUGUGAACAAAGUGUUCUGUACAUCAUAAAUAAAGUCGGAACAAUUCGUUUUAUUAAAAUUGUUACCACAAUUUCCAUUCUGAUUUAAUAACCGUGAUUCGUUUGCAAUUAAAAAUAGAACGUCAGCAUACAAAUGCAAUGAACGAAAAUGUUGUCGGAGAUAAAUAACAAUUGUGAACGUGCAAAAAGAGAAUAAUAGGAAAAAAGUGACCGAGUUAGAGAAGAGUCAUUGUCAUAACGCCGACCGCUGAAUACUCACGCAAACCGAACAUUAGCUGUUUUCAAAUAAAUCACCUUGACACACGUGGAUGCGCUGAAUUCAUAUAAUUAUUUCUGAUCUUAAAAAAUCUUAUAAACCAGUUUUGUGCCAGAUUUAUUGUUUGGCUGCACGAUGUCAACGACAGAAAAAAGUAACGAGAAACGAUGUGAGCGGGAUGGCAGAGAAAAAGUUGACAAGUUCCGGCGAUUUUUAGCGCAGUUCUGCGCUACAACCGUUGAGAAUUUGUUGUUGUUUGACAUGGGUCUGUGUCAUUCGUUUCCAUUUAUCAUCAUAGCAGCUCUAACUGGAUUUCCGAACAAGCACAAUCUGAACGAAACCCUGUCACUUACUCCCAUCGAAGCGUCGUGGCUGGCAAGCAUCGGGUAUAUUUCUGAACCGAUUGGAAGUCUAUUGUCAGCACUGAUCACGGAUGCGCUGGGUCGUAAGGUAGCAAUGAUGGUUGUCAACAUUCCGCUGGUGGUUGCUUGGUUUCUCAUGUACAGCGCGAGUAGUGUUUGGCAGAUUUUCUUGGCUAUCGUACUGUUAGGGCUGGGCGCUGGCCUUAUGGAAUCUCCAAUAAUCACAUACGUUGGAGAAAUUUCCGAGCCGACAUUUCGAGGCGUGAUGAUCGCGUACACGCACUUUGGAUAUUCGCUCGGUGCAAUUUUAGUCGCUACGUUGAACAUAAUGAUGCCAUGGCGUAUGGUUGGUUUGGUCUGCAUGUUCACGCCAAUCUUCACUACGAUCGCACUUUGUUUCGUACCAGAAACACCAUUGUGGCUUUUAUCAAAGAACAAGACGGCUCAAGCUGAAAAGGCGCUCUGUUGGCUCCGAGGUUGGGUGCCAAAAGAAUCUGUAGCAGAAGAGCUUCAGUCGCUUCAGCGAUACAGUGAGCGUUACAAAUCGUGUGAGUCGUGCAUCAAAAAAGACCAAAAGUGUAUUCAUCCGCUGCCGACGUUAGCCGAAAAGCUCAAGGAAUUGAAACGAAAGCAAACUCUUAAGCCCUUUUCCAUUGUGAUGGCGCUCUUUUGCAUCAGUGUAUUCUCCACAACAUUUUCAAUGUCAACGUACAUCGUACAGAUUCUAAAAGCAUACAACAUACCAAUGGAACCAGAUGAAGCUGCUGCUGUUUUAAGCUAUGUGAAUAACCUGGGCAAUAUUUCUUUCUUGUGUCUAAUUCGAUUCACUGGCAAACGAUAUUUGUACUUAACGAUACUAUCGAUACUGUUCUUGAGCGCGGCCGUCAUUUGUGGCUAUGGUUUUAUGGUUCUGCCAAUCGGAUACAGCUCUUUCCCAGAUCUAUCGCCCAAUUUUCCACUGGAGAAUAGUAAUCUUGGAUACAUUCCUUUUGUGUGCAUAAUUUUAUCUAGUUUUUGCAUAUUCUGCGGCAUCAAUUCAAUGGCAUGGCAAAUGAUUUCGGAAGUGUUUCCGUACAAAACUCGCGGAACAGCGACAGGAUUAACAGCAGCGUUGAGCUAUGUGCUAAGUUUUAUAGGUGCGAAAACGUUCUACAGCUUAGAAACAACGUUGUCAAUGCCCGGAGUGGCUUUGUUCAAUUGCAUCAUCAUUGCCUUUGGAUUGAUUUUAAUGUACAAAAUUCUGCCAGAAACGGAAAAUCGAACGCUAGAAGACAUUGAAAUGCACUUUUCAGACAAUUCCAAGAAAUUGACCGAUCGAAAAAUUCCAAAAUUAGACUUAAGUCAAAUUGGAUCGGCGAAAAACAACAGCAAUAUGCCAACCAGACCAGUAUCGAUCAAAGGAAUUGAUGAACAGAACAAUAAGAAGAGUGGAAUUGGCUGUGAUAACCGAAGCUUUGUCGCUGACAGUUGACACAGAUGAUAGAUAUAAUCAAUUAGAGGCGUAAUCUCGGGAUAGUUCUUAAUAAUUUUCUUCUUUUCAAUCGUAGACAUUUGCCAAAAGGAUAUUGCAACUUUUUUGACCAGAAAAAACGCCAUCUAAUGCCCGUAAAUUAUUUUACUGUACAUUUAGAUGGUAGAGCUUGAACAAAAGUUCGACACUAUGCAUAAACUUGGAAAGAGCUUGAUAAACUUGAUGAAAUACAUAUAUUUUAUGGUCGUUGCAAUACCCUGUAUGACAUUUGCAUAGAAAAUACAAACGAAAAUGGAUCGAUUCAUCUGAUUACCAUCGUUUGGCGGUUCAAAAAUUAAAAUCAUUCGAAACAAUCGAAAAUUUAUUUUAGAAGCUUCUGUGAUAAUAAUCAAAGCCUUUUGACAUUAAUAAACACAAUUUUUGAAAC